AUGGAAGAGCGAAUCCUCACCGACACACGCACCUUUUACUCGCUCGAAGCUGCCAAUCUGGCGUCUCAAGGUGCCACCGCAUCUUCAGCAGAAGCGCUCGAGACGUACCUCACUCACGCUCAGAAGCGCAUCGAGGAGGAGACGCAGCGAGCUCAGUGGCUACUGGAGGUGCAGAAGGGGCGCGAAUGUCUCGUGACCACGACUCGCGAGGAGCUCGUCAAGAAGCAAGCAGAGUGGCUUACGGCAGGGCUGCCCACCCUUCUCCUCGCUGGCGGCAGUGGCGCGCACCUCGGCCCUCUUUCCCUCUUGUACCGCCAGCUCCUCUCCGUCGGCCUUCUCGAGCCCCUCACAAAGGUCUUUGUCGAUCACAUUAUUGCUGUGGGAACCACAAUCGUCAAUCCGCCCUCAGCUGCCAAGGCAUCGAAGGUCCCUCACCCACCCAAGAGCGAAGAGGACAAAGAGCUGCUUCGCCUCGCUGCAGCAGACGAGGACGCUCUCAUUGAGCGCUUGAUCGAUUUCAAGGACACCAUCGACGCAACCGUGGAGCAAGCCUUCGAGAAGCACGACUCUUUCCUCGUGAAGCGCAAGGAAGGCUUCGAGCGUGUAGUCAACUCGCGCACAGGCGGAGGAAAGGUGGCCGAGCUCUGUGCCAAGUACCUCGAUGUGAAGCUCAAGAGCGGGAACAGGACAAUGAGUGAUGAGGAGCUGGAGAGAUGCCUCGACGCUGCGUUGACCCUCUUCAGAUACACGCAUGCGAAGGACAUGUUUGAGGAAUUUUACAAACGUCACUUCGCCAAGCGCCUCCUCCUGAAUCGCUCCGCCUCAAGUGACGCCGAACAGUCGAUGCUGCUCAAGCUCAAAGACGAGUGCGGCCCCGCCUUCACGCAGCGUCUCGAAACAAUGCUCAAGGACAUCACGCUGAGCGACGAGAUGAUGAAGGCCUUCUCCUCCAUGCAGAGCAAAGCGCUCAGCGAGACGGAGGGCGAAGACUUCGAGCUAUCAGUCAACGUGCUCACUCAAGCGCACUGGCCCACCUACCCGAUGGUAGAGGUUAGAAUUCCUCCUGCGAUGGCCACCGCGACGGAGCGCUUCCAGACCUUCUACGGUGCUCGAGCCGCAGGAAGAAGACUGCACUGGGCCCACUCCCUCGGUACAUGCGUGCUGCGCGCCUCCUUCCCCACCAAGGCAGGCAAGGGCAAGCCAGCAGGCGAAGACGUCAAAGAAUUGCACGUCUCUGAAUUCCAAGCAAUCGUCCUCCUCCUCUUCUCCGACCUUGCACCGGGGGAGAAGCUCCACUACUCUGCCAUCAAAGAGCAGACGGGGCUCGACGAUACGGAGCUCAAACGCACCCUCCAAUCCCUGGCUUGCGGGCAAAUCCCCACACGCGUCCUCCGCAAAGAGCCUCAGGGUCGCGAGGUGGACGCAGAGCUGGACUCGUUUGGUCUCAACGAGCACUUCAAGAACGAUCGACAUCGCGUGCGUAUCAAUCAGAUCCAGAUGCGAGAGACGCGCGAAGAACAGGCAUCGACCCAAUCCCGCGUUCUUCUGGAUCGCGAUCUCGUUCUGCAGGCCGCGGCGGUUAGGGUGCUCAAGGCGCGCAAGCAGUUGACUCAUGCUGAGCUGCUUCAGGAAGUGGUGGACGCGAUCAAGAGUCGGUUCCAUGUGGAUGUGGGUGAGGUGAAGAAGACGUUUGAGAAGUUGAUUGAGAAGGAGUAUAUGGAGAGGGUUGAGGGGCAGAGAGGGGUGUAUCGUUACUUGGCGUGA